AUGAAUCGAGUCAAAUUGAAGCCCCUACCAGCUACCAAGCACUCGCAACGAAACGAGUAUACCUCUUUUUACUCUCGAUUCAAGCGCAAGAUCUCGUCUUUGUGGCAUCGUAGCCAGAUUGGAAACCGAAGUGAAUACUCUGUGGAGCGGCUGCUUGCUUUUCGCGAUUACUACCAACGCACUUCGUUAGCACGUGCAGUUGUUAUCUGUGUAGUAUCGCCACUUCCAGCCUUACUCGUGGCAUUAGCUAUUGAUUCUAUACCAUUGCGACCUCCUUCUGAUGGCUGGAGAGAGAACUAUGCAGUCUGGAUCCGACUAUUACUUGCAAUUUUUGCUGAAGCUCUAGGAGUGGCACUCCAAGUAAGAGGUGUUAUCGUUCCGGGAGCCAUGUCAAGCACUGGAGCUGUCAUUAUCGCUCUAGGCACAGCAAUCUCCAGUGUGCUGGUUACAAUAGCAGUAGCUGCGAUGUGGAAAUUCCCGAUUCCUUAUGGCUACGUGAUCAUGCUUAACUUAUACGUGCUAUUUUUCGUGAUAUACAUGAUUUUCGUCCUCGGUCCGCGUGCUCUGGCCUCGUCUCCAGUUUUGAGACAACAGAUCAAGUCCGAGCUAUUUAUUAUGGCCAACCAAAGUGGUGUCGCAGUGGCUUAUCCGAUUUUUAGCGCUGUUUUCAACUACCUUUCGGGCAUAAACCAGUCUUUAUUCAUCUUCGUGAUGCCAUUGAUCAAAUGUAUCACCAAGCUGAACAUUGCCAAUUCAGCGACCAGUUUUCACGAAUAUGUCGGUCCGAUUGUGGUGUUUUCCGUGGAUCUCUUUAACGUUUAUUACGUUGCGAUCUGUAUGCAGGCAUCCAAAUCCAUGUCUACUACGUUGAUUCUCAUGGGGUUCGAUGGCUUCCACGUGCUCCUGGCAUUGCGGGCUAUUUUUUACCGUACAAACAGUGUCCGAGCAAGUGAGGUAUCUGUCUUUGAGAAUUAUCUUCGAGACCUACCAACUCUGAUUCGAAAAGAAUUUGAAAGCCCGGCACAGAGUCAUGAUCGACGCAUUCGACUAUUUGCGCCGUUUCCGCUUCCUCUUUCCGUAGAUAGCAAAGCGCUUAUGAACGAGCUAGCCAGAACGGGGAGUUUUGCCAAUGAUACUGCACCAUGCGCGAUCAAAGUGGUCAAUAAAACCAGCCUUCAAGUUGGACCGGCGAGUUCGUUCGACCUUAAGCCACCCGUUCCAGUACAACAACACCAUGUAGCCCCAGCUAAUGGGCAUGUCGAAGACCCAGCGCAAAAAUUUAGGCCAGCAUCAUUGCCAACAACAAGCACUGCUAGUAGCGAUGACAGCAUUCAAGAUGCGCUCCAAGCGCUUUUCCAUUCUGAAUAUGUUCUUCUUGCAGAGUACGUGGAAUUUAUGGUUCCGAUACUGUACGCGCUGUAUCUCGCGGUGCUUUUCCAUUUAGAAGUAGCGGCCUAUUAUCCACACACGGCAACGAUGACAAUAUGCAAACUCAAGGCGACAGUGACGAAUAUCCUUAUCUAUGCGGUGCUAGAAGUUAUAAUGUUUGGCGCUCUUCUUAUUCUCUUAAAGCGCAAGUUCGGGUUUCCCCCGCUGUAUCAAUUGGCCUUCGUGUUAGAGUCGCAAGCGCCUGCUAUUCAAGGACAUCUUUUCUUGUGGACUAUCUCGAUCUUGCACAUCACUCUGGUGCAUUAUGGUGCUGAUUUUAUGGUUCACGUUUCCUAG